CCGCCCGCCGCCGAUCGCUGCCCGCCCGCCCGCCCGCUGCCCCAAUGGCGUGCGCCUCCUCUUUCUUUGCCGCCGUGCCGCUGGCUGCGCCCGUGGUCAUCUUCAAGCUGACGGCCGACUUCAAGGAGGACCCGAGCCCCAAGAAGGUCAACCUCGGAGUCGGAGCUUAUCGCACUAACGAAGGUAAACCCUGGGUAUUGCCUGUUGUGAGGAAGGUGGAGAAAUGCCUUGCUAAUAAUGAUACUCUCAACCACGAGUACGUGCCCAUAUUGGGCCUUCCAGAAUUCACCAGGAGUUCUUGUGAAAUAAUUCUUGGAAAGGACAGUCCGGCCAUUGCAGAUAACAGAGUGGGUGGUGUGCAGUGCUUAGGAGGAACUGGCGCUCUUCGUUUGGGUGCGGACUUCCUGCACGGAUGGUACAAUGGAACUAAUAACUCAUCAACACCAGUAUAUGUUUCUGCACCGACUUGGGCAAACCACAAUGGGGUGUUUGGUGCUGCUGGGUUCACCAACAUUCGCAGCUAUCGUUACUGGGACCCAACCAAGCGUGGUCUAGAUCUAGGAGGACUUCUGGAAGAUCUGGAGAAUGCUCCAGAAUUUUCAAUUAUUCUGUUGCAUGCAUGUGCACACAAUCCAACUGGUACUGACCCAACUCCAGAGGAAUGGAAGAAGAUUGCUGAGGUCAUGAAGAAAAAGUCUCUUUUCCCUUUCUUUGAUUCAGCCUAUCAGGGCUUUGCAUCUGGAAACUUGGAUAAAGAUGCCUGGGCUGUCCGUUACUUUGUAAGCCAAGGUUUCGAGCUUUUCUGUGCACAAUCCUUCUCUAAGAAUUUUGGAUUAUAUAAUGAGCGAGUUGGAAAUCUAUGUAUUGUGGCAAAAGACAAUGACAACGUGAACAGGGUUCGAUCUCAGAUGGAGAAGAUAGCCCGUACAAUUUGGUCAAAUCCUCCAGCUCAAGGGGCUCGUAUUGUAGCCACAACGCUUAAUGAUCCAGAACUCUUUGCAGAAUGGACAUCUAACGUGAAGACGAUGGCUGACCGAGUAUUACUGAUGAGAGCCCAACUGAAGGAAAAACUGGAGAAGCUGGGGACGCCUGGCACUUGGGAUCACAUCACCCAACAGAUCGGAAUGUUCAGUUUCACAGGACUGAACCCUUCUCAGGUUGAUUACAUGGUUAAGAAGAAACACAUCUAUUUAUUGGCUAACGGCCGCAUCAAUAUGUGCGGUCUGACCACUUCCAACCUGGAUUACGUGGCUGAAUCCAUUAAAGAAGCAGUGACAAGCGGCCAGUAAACAAGAACUCACUUCUGAAGCAAUCUGUAGAUGUGACUGUGUGUAUGUGAUAGCGGCUGUUUUUUUGGUGUUGCAGAUUCUCAUGCCCUUAAUGCAGGAUUUUCUAUAAUACCCUGUUGGGUAAUUGGGUAAUACUCAAAUGUUUUUGAUGUUCUGUGGUUUCCUUUCUCCAAAGGAAAACCUUGAAAAAAAUUAGAUGCCAGAAGAGCAAGAGGGCUUUUAAUUUCUUCAUGUUUAAAUUGGAGCGAUGUUCCCUUCAGCUUUACCACAGGAGUGAUGAUGAGGUGUGGAAAGUGAGGUCUUGAAUGGAUUAAUUUGUUGAGAACAAAGUUUUCAUCCACAUGUUGCUGUUUAGUCGAUCUCAGUUUAAGCUAAUGACAUGCUUUAAGGUAAAUUGUAGUGUCAAUCUUCCAGUAGAUGUGUAUAAGGAUAUUCAACAGCAUGUAAUAAUUUUCAAAAUGCAAUUGUAGAAUGAAUUCUAAAUGCACUCAAAUUGAUCUGUUGUGUUGAGGCCUUUUUAUCAUGAUCAGAUCCUCUCAACCAAGCGCGUUGUCAGUAAACAGUCCAGUCUUGGAGAUGGGGAGCUUGGUCUAUGUGAGGUGGCAGCUGAUCUGCUUCAUACAUCAUCCUGUGGUGAAUUGGCUGAUGGGCUAAUUGCUUAUUUCUUUGACCUGUUUCUUAAUGUACUGUAAUAGAAGCAAAGUUCAAUGAGUAGGAUCAAUACCUCAGGGACAGAAGUAAUUCCAUCCAGGUGUAUUUGCCUGUUGUGUUUGACUGAGUUGCCGUAAUUAUACAGCCACGAUGGGGCCUUGGAUUGCUGUGCUUCUAACUGUUAACUUUUUAACUAGUGUGACUGAAAAAUAGAGAAUUACUAAUUUGGGUCUAAUCCAAAUUGAAGGGGUUGUGUGGUGCAGUGAGGGCACUAAGUUGCUUGACUCAGGAAGAUUUUGAAGGUAGCAUUCCAGCUGGAGGACUCAGUAACAUCAGAGUCAGAGAAUCCUAAACCUUAGCAAGUUAAUGAUGCAAUUUUAGUCUGGAAAUAGUAUUUGUGAUCCACAUAGUAUUAAAUGUCUGGUCUUAAGCCCUCUCCUGUGAAAUACUUUCAAAACAAUAACCAUACUGAUUAGUUAUUUUUCUUAGCAGAAGAUAAGAAGCUAUUGGAAUAUCAGUUGAGCUUGUUAACGAGUUAAUGAACAGCAUAUGAAUGUAACCAGACUGGAGUUGACUCUGUACCACCAUGUCACUUAAGAUGGGAGUUCCUAUAGGGAAUAUUCUCAAGUAGAGUUUACAUAUAAUAAUAAUUUUCUUCAGAUUAAUUUAGGAAAAAAAAUGAAACAUUUUGAUUUAGGAAGGUGGAUGGGGUUAUGGAGAAAGGCAGGAUGGGGAUUCUGCUACCUCUAUUAACUGUUUGCAUCCUGAAGUCCUUGCAUCUCAUUGUUUUGUAGUAUUUGAUGAUACAAUGGAUAGAUUGACUGCUAAUACCUGAUCAAGUAAUUAGCACUGAUUCAGUAUAUGCAUUUGCUAUAAACUGCUUAUAGUCUUUUAAGAAUUUCCCAAAGAUAUUUGGGUUGUACAAGUCUGGCUAAUGUGAGUUUAUGUAUAAAUGUGUCACAUCAAAACAAAAUAAAGAUUUAAAAAUUA